AAAAUACUCGUAUAACCAAAUAUUAGUCGUAACAACUUUUUACUGCUACUAAUAAUCUUCAAAUCAUCUCCCCCCAAAUUUCUUCUUCACUCUUCGGUCAUCGCCCCUAAUGUCAAUACAAGACAACGAUAAUCUAACCAUGAAUUCAACCUCUAAACUUUACAUACAAACUGCGUGAAAACUGACUCCAAAAUCUUCAAUCCACUGAUUAAUCAAACCUUAAAAAAUACAAAUAAUUUUUAAGCUCAAAAGAUGGGACGGAUUGGAGAUCAAAUCGAUUCUAUCAAGUCAGUUCAGCUCAGACAAUUAUUCACUCAAGCCAUAAGUCUUGGUAUGAUUGUUACAUUUUCAUUUAUUAUAUGGAAUGGGCUAAUGUGUGUUACUGGUAGCGAGUCGCCCGUUGUUGUUGUGCUAUCCGAAAGUAUGGAACCUGGUUUUAAAAGGGGUGAUAUACUUUUUUUACGUAUGGAUAAGGAUCCGAUUCGAGCCGGAGAAAUUGUGGUGUUCAAUGUUGAUGGGCGGGCGAUUCCAAUAGUUCAUCGAGUGAUUAAGGUUCAUGAGCAUGAAGAUGGAGAAGUUAAUGUUCUUACAAAAGGUGACCACAAUCUUGGAGAUGAUCGAUCUUUAUAUGCUCAUGGCCAGAUGUGGUUGCAACGACAUCAUAUUAUGGGGAGAGCUGUCUGGUUUUUGCCUUACGUUGGAUGGGUGACAAUUAUUAUGACGGAACAGCCCAUCGUCAAGUAUAUUCUUAUGGGUGCUUUGGGAUUGCGAGUAAUAACUUCAUAAGAGUAGAAGAAGCAGCUAUAAUAGAAAGAUUAUUUAAUCAGUGUAGAACAGUUUUCGUGUUGUCUUUUAUUUUGUUAACGGAUAUAUCUUCAAUAUAAACUUAGUUUCUGUUC